AUGCCGAGAGGAGAUCUUCGUGAAGCCUGUGUUCCUCCUUACAUCAAUCAAAACCUCCAAUACGGGAAGCACUAUCAUUAUCAAGGGUCGUCUAGGGAUCGGUACAUCAAUCAAAACCUCCAAUACAACGGGAGUAGACGCUAUCAUCAUCAUCAAGAGUCUACUAGGCCUCGGGACGAUCGUGACAAUCGAAGGAGCCAAUACGGGAUGGGCUUGGGGCAGCCUCAUGGCACUGACUAUCAAAGCAAUCCUAACGAGGAUGAAUACUACAACGACCAUGUGGUCGACGUGAUGUUCUUGAACAGUGAUGGCAACAUGAUGAGGAGCGAAGCAGAAGCUGGUGUGGUCGACGUGAUGUUCUUGAACAGUGAACAAGAAGGCAAGAACUACUACGACGUUUCUACUAGCAUAGAAAGUAGACGAGGAUCUUCUGGUGGUGGACGAGCGGGUCCUCAACAUGGUCUUCAUCCAAAUAUUAUCGCUCAUUCCGCUCAAACAACAAGGCGUAGAAGUUGUAGCAAGGUCCAAACGAUGAACCACGACGCAUGCAGCUAUGAUCGGCGUCAGAACGAGCAACAUGAUCCUUAUGCUUAUUUUCUCAACAGCUGCCAGUCACCUCCACCUUCUCUUCAACUAGGUCUCAGUCCUCAGUCACCUCCACCUUCUCUUCAACAACUUCACGAAGGAUCACUAGGAUCGGGAAAUUAUACUUCCAGCAAAGGGAAGGGAGGAAAAGAAAAUUGCAUAGGCGUUGUGUGGUCUCCACGAAUCAGUGACCGAGCGUGUUGUAUGGAUCAAGAGCUAGGUCCGUCAUGGUCCUAUAGAUCAAGUUCCAGACAACAGCAACAACAACAAUCUUUUCAUCUGAACAACAGAACUCCUACUCCUAGUCGUGUAGCACAUGAUCAACAAGGAAAAGGUAGUAGUUCUUGGGGUUCGGGAUCAGUCUCGCCUUGUUCUUCUAGUUCUUCUAUAGAGCAAGUUCGUGGGCCAGCAGUAGAUGUUGAAGAUGAUGCCAGUAUUAUUUCUUGCACUGGUCCUGGGACGACGCAACCGCAAGACAGGAGCUCCUCUCGCGAACGCUUAGAAGUAAUCAGAAGCAGUUCUAAAUCUACAACCAGCAGUAAAAAUAUUCAAGUAGGAGGUACUCAUAGCCAUACAAGCUCUGCUUCUGGCCGCGGAGGAGGUAAAAAUAAGAGUUCAUCUUUUGGUCUUGUUGGAGGCAACACGACCCCAAGGGGGAAGAACAAAUGGUCAACAUCUCCUGAUCAUUAUAUGGAGACAUCGAGCGAAGAUGCAAGACGCAUUGCGGCUAGUUGUAAUUUUCACGCAGCGACAAAUCACCUCCAAGAGUUUAUUUACAACUACGUCGACAGGCAAGAACAUCAACAGUCUGAUGCAGCUGUUGCACAGCAACAUAAAGUUCUUCAAGUCCAUGCUCAAGUUCAACAGGAGGAUCCUGGUUCUGCUUCUGUGGGUCCUCCUAUUCUUGGUGCUUGUGUAGCUUCUGUGCAGCGUAUAAAUACUAAUAUUAUUGGCACUACUAGUACAGCAGGAGCUAGAGGACAUCAACAGCAUCAACAUCAAGCACUAACAUAUUCUACCUCAUCGCCUGCGUGUAUUCCAAACCAGCACAACGUCGAUCAUCAGGUAUAUCGUGCUUUCCUUUCUACGCCAGCUCCGGAGCUCCUAGCAUCCUCUUCUCCAGCAAUGUCUUCAAGGGGUGUACCUGUUGUAGUGACCAAAGGAGGAGGACAAGGACAAGAACAUCUUCACCAGGAAGGGCAACAUCUAGCGCACCGAGACCCAUAUCCACAGCCUCAACUCGAUGCUGAUCGAGGGGUGGAGAACGUCACAAGCUCGAGGAGCAGUCCCCUUCCUACUUCUUAAGGCUCCUCGCUUGUUAUAUUCUUAUUCAUCUCGUAGUUGAGAGGCAUCUUUGGGCCCACUCCCUUUAUUUAAGGGAAAAGCGCGGUGAUCCAGAUGCGCUUCAAGAUGAAUAUCGGUAAGGUCUAAACAACUCAGGAGUUGCAGAGUGACGCCAACAUGAUUUUGGCGAGGACAAACGAGCUCAAUCAUCAAAUGACGCGCGCUCUUCGAACGUCGACUCCACCACAGAGGACAACUAGUAUGACUGGAGGCGGUGGGCGGGGUAAUUUUCCAGUCGCUUGGAGAUCGAUUUGUAGUUCUCCUGGUUUGCUCGAGCGCAGUUCUACUUCUCCUGUUACUUUUGCUUUGAACUCACCUUCGAACACGAACUAUCACGAGGAACUAACUACAGCUGGCGCAACAGCAACUUCUAGUACUACGUCAAAACAAAGUACUUCUGCCAAUACACUGUCCAGCAUGUCGAAUACUGCCACAAGAACAGCAGCCACUGCGACUGCUACCACGACGACUAUGAUGUUAUGCCGUUCAACAUCUGCUUUGACACCAACAACGGGAGCUAUAGCGGCUUUGAUGGAGACCUCAUCUAUUCCUACUAUGUC